AUGGGAGUUCCUGUGAAGGUGCCGAAGGUGAAGCAGCUUUACGACGAGAGUGAAACACUAGGGCAUCGAAGCGAGGCGAUUGGAAUGAGGGUGCGCUCGAAUGAAAGCUCUAGAGAGGAGGCACCAAAGGUUACGAAGUCAAAGAAAUUAUGCCAUUCUUUUUCCAUUUCCCCUAAAGGUUCUGAAAGAAAAGGGGAAGGAGAGGUGUCCUUAUUGACUGGGGAAGAAAGGGAGGCAGGAACUGUUGAAAAGAGUCUAUUUUACCGUGUGAGGCUCCAAAGGGAGUUUACUUGCUCGACCGUAGGGAGAGGGGUGAGGCUUCUGUCUCAGCGACUCUUCCUUGCGCCGCCCUUGAGUCUGCUUGCCCGCUCUGUGGAGGAGAGAAGCAACGCUUUACGACGACAAGGCACCGAAGGUGAGGCAGCGAAGUAA